GAUCGUGUGGCGAAUUGACCGUUGCAGGCUCGGUAUGUGGCGCAUGAGUAUGCGUUUCGGGAUGUAACGGCGGUCUCGCGGAGUACCGACGCUGAAUUCAAAUAUAUAUAUAUAAAUAUAUAUAUAUAUAUAUAAACACGGGGGGACUCAGAAGAAAACCGAAGGAAAGCGUGCACUAAACUAAGGGAGUUUACGACAGCACGGCUUGGAGGGAGACACGGUAGCGUGGCAGGAGAGGGAGAACUAGCAAAUCCAACGGACACAGCACGCAGAAAUGGCGGAGCACCAUGCAGCCGGCGACGGCAAGCACAAAGCAUCCACCAAUGCCGGGGGCUCGGUGCACGGGAACAGCCGACCCGGCGCCGCCGGUGUCGGAGGGGGAAAAGGAGGCCUGUCUGGUGGACUGACACAGCCGGCGGGAUGGCAGUCUUUACUCUCCUUCAGCAUUCUGUUCCUGGCCUGCCUGGCCGGAUUCAGCUCCAGACUUUUUGCGGUGAUCCGGUUCGAGAGCAUCAUCCACGAGUUUGAUCCAUGGUUCAAUUACAGAUCGACGCACCAUCUCACCACAAAUGGCUUCUACGAGUUCCUCAACUGGUUUGAUGAGAGGGCCUGGUACCCCUUGGGCAGGAUCGUUGGCGGCACGGUAUACCCGGGGUUAAUGGUGACUGCUGGCCUCAUCCACUACAUGCUCAACCUGCUCCACCUCACCGUCCACAUCCGUGACGUGUGCGUCUUUCUGGCGCCGGUGUUCAGUGGUCUGACGGCCAUCUCCACCUACCUGCUGACGCGGGAGCUGUGGAACCAGGGUGCAGGUCUGCUGGCGGCCUGCUUCAUUGCCAUCGUCCCAGGCUACAUCUCCCGCUCGGUCGCGGGCUCCUUUGACAACGAGGGCAUAGCCAUCUUCGCCCUGCAAUUCACCUACUACCUCUGGGUGAAGUCGGUGAAGACGGGCUCUGUGUUCUGGGCCAUUGGCUGUUGCCUCUCCUAUUUCUACAUGGUGUCGGCAUGGGGAGGCUAUGUGUUCAUCAUCAACCUGAUUCCUCUGCAUGUGUUUGUGCUGAUGCUGAUGCAACGCUACAGCAGAAGACUCUACAUCGCUUACAGCACUUUUUACAUCGUGGGUCUCGUACUGUCGAUGCAGAUCCCCUUUGUUGGCUUCCAGCCAAUCAGGACCAGCGAGCACAUGGCUGCUGCCGGUGUGUUUGCACUCCUCCAAGCCUACGCCUUCCUGCAGUACCUCAAGGACAGGCUGACCAGACAGGAGUUCCAGACGCUUUUCCUCCUCGGAGUCUCUCUCGCCGCUGGUGUGGUCUUCCUCACCGUCAUCUAUCUCACUUACACAGGGUACAUUGCUCCGUGGAGUGGUCGUUUCUACUCUCUCUGGGACACUGGCUAUGCAAAGAUCCACAUCCCCAUCAUAGCGUCGGUGUCGGAACACCAGCCGACAACGUGGGUCUCCUUUUUCUUCGACCUCCACAUCCUGGUCUGCACGUUCCCAGCAGGCCUCUGGUUCUGCAUCAAGAACAUCAACGAUGAACGAGUGUUCGUGGCCCUGUAUGCCAUCAGCGCGGUCUAUUUUGCCGGCGUGAUGGUGCGUCUGAUGCUGACGCUGACCCCGGUGGUGUGCAUGCUGUCUGCGGUGGCUUUCUCCAGCGUCUUUGAGCAUUACAUGGGGGAUGACACAAAGAGGGAGAAACCACCCGCCGAAGACAGCAGCGACGAGGACGACAAGAGGAAUUCUGGGACUCUUUAUGACAAGGCCGGCAAGGUGCGCAAACACGUGUCGGAGCAGGAGAAGGCAGAGGAGGGUCUGGGUCCGAACAUCAAGUCCAUCGUCACCAUGCUCAUGCUGAUGCUGCUGAUGAUGUUCGCCGUCCACUGCACCUGGGUCACCAGUAACGCCUACUCCAGUCCCAGUGUGGUGCUGGCCUCGUACAACAACGAUGGGACGCGCAACAUCCUGGAUGACUUCAGGGAGGCCUACUACUGGCUGAGGCAGAAUACAGACGAGCACGCCCGCGUCAUGUCGUGGUGGGACUACGGCUACCAGAUAGCCGGCAUGGCCAACAGGACCACGCUGGUCGAUAAUAACACGUGGAACAACAGUCAUAUAGCACUGGUGGGGAAAGCCAUGUCUUCCAACGAGAGCGCAGCCUACACAAUCAUGAGGUCUCUGGAUGUGGACUACGUGCUGAUUAUCUUCGGAGGAGUAAUCGGCUACUCGGGAGACGAUAUAAACAAGUUCCUGUGGAUGGUGAGGAUAGCGGAGGGAGAGCACCCAAAGGACAUCAGGGAGAGCGACUACUUCACCCCUCAGGGAGAGUUCAGAGUGGAUAAGGCCGGUUCACCGACUCUGCUCAACUGCCUUAUGUACAAGAUGUCCUACUACCGAUUUGGUGAAAUGCAGCUGGACUUCCGGACGCCUCCCGGCUUCGACCGAACGCGCAAUGCCGAGAUCGGCAACAAGGAUAUCAAGUUCAAGCACCUGGAGGAGGCGUUCACCUCUGAGCACUGGCUGGUGAGGAUCUACAAGGUCAAGAACCUGGACAACAGGGAGCCGCUGGACCACAAGCUUCGCAGUAUAGUGCCCAAGCAGAAGUACACCUCCAAAAAGACUGCCAAGAGGAAGCGAGGACACAUCAAGAACAAGCUUUUCCUGAGGAAAGGCAAGAAACUACAAAAAAAAUAACGGCGACGAUGGACUCUUCUAGCAAAACAAACACCUGCGAAGAAACCUCUAACAACCAAUGAAGAAGAACACAGGGGCUGUUUAUCUGGCACUUGGUCUCAAGCGCUUCUCAUUAGAGCGCCCCCGUGUGUUGAGGGAGUGUCAUAUCUGGCUAGCUCCAGAACAGUUUUAUCCUGAGGACCUUUGUCUUGCUUAAUUUCUUUAAGUUUUUUUUUCUGUUUUCUAGGUUGUUGUUUUUUAGUUGUUUUUUAGUUUAUACUUGAAUGUGUGGCGAGGCAUAGGGCUGCUCUGCUUGGUUCGGUGUCGAUUAGUAUUUGUGGUACGUUUAAUUAACUGCUUAUCAGUGUGGGGAUCGGGGGUGUGAGGCGGUGAAAGGGGGCGGGGGGGGGGGAAGCGAGUGUAGACUAGGAACAUUUGCACCAAAGACCCAUCGACCUUACUCCACGGCACAUGUGAACUCAUUCCUGAGAGUGAGGCUGAGGACUUGUUCCUGACACGUGUACAGAAGACCGUAUGCGGUAUGGAGGAACGCCACCAUCUAGCCACAGCCCAUCUGUAAAAUUAACCUUUUUAUCAUCAUCCUCUCCUUUAUGUCUGCCUUGCUCCCUGACCUUCUUUUUCAACAAAAUUCUUUAAAAAAAAACUAAUUGGCCUAAUAUGUAAAUAUGCUAUGUAAAGAAUAAGUCUAAAAGGAUGAUAAUAUAUUGGUUUAUUGUGGUGUUUUUAAAAAUGCAGUUGUCAGUUCUCUUAAUUUCUUUGUGAUUCUUUUGUUCAUUUUUUUUGUAUGGCAGCAAAUAGAUCAGUGAAUGCAAUAAUUCUUGUACAGAGGGGCUUGAGAUUUUGUUGGAAGUAUGAAUGUGAAUUUUUACAAUGCCCUGCCCCCCUUUCAUGAAUUGCAUAGAUUGUACAUUUCUGCUGCUAGGGAUUUAGAGACAGAAAAGCAAGCAACGGUAUAAUAUAAUAAAGUAGGCCUCCCUUCCUGCAGGGGGAGCUCUCUAGGUCAGUGUGUAGAGCCUAGUGCCUCAUCGCUGGUCACCAUCACCUCGAUACCUGGUGACGUCUGCUCCCUGAGCUUUUUGUUCUGCUCAUCAUGCAUCAAUGCUGCCGGUUGGGAGCUUCGACCAGACUGAGGCUUUGCAAAUGGGGGUCGUCAAGACAACCGAGGCACUGACUGGUGAACUGUGAAGGGGGGUAGUUGGUAAUCAAGCACUGAGACUAGAUGAGACCACUGAAGCAGCGAGGAAAACUAGAAACUUCCAUCCUUGCCUCAGACGACGGUGGCCCAACGACCAUCUUUAAUGUACUUUAGAGCUGUGUCCUAAUUCCAUACUGCGUUUAGGACUACGUCUUAAGAGAGUCGGUGGCUAAGUCACACUGUCGGCUUAACCACUAUUCUCAAAUAUGUCAGUAAGCAGUAGGACUGCCCCGUACAUUACUUUUUAUAAUUUUUACAAUUAUAUUUUUCAAUUAGUAGUUUCGAAUGUUAGUUUCUUAGUUACUACUUAAAAUGUUGUUUUGCCUGACCAAAGGUUUAAAACUGCUAAAUUAUAAUAUUUACACUGUUAAAACAGUAAAGCAGCUAGAACAAGCUAAUAGGUAGUGAGUGUGUUUGCUUAAAGUUACAUGACACGAUCCUGGAUCCUACAUUUCCCAUGAUGCACCCCAAUAGGAUCUCACAAAUGGACUCUCCAUAUCUGGUUAAACUCCACACCGCCAGAUUUUCUGGGUAGGGUGUCUUGAUGUGGUGUAAAAAUGGGGUUUGAAUGGCCCUUUUUAAUUUUCUGUCCCUCGAUUAAUAAUUUCAACUCUAAUAAGCAUACUAGAUGUGAUGUGCCCAUGGAAAAGAAAACUACUGUAAAAAUGAAUACUCUAAUGUAUAGUGUAUUCUUGAUAAUUUUAGUACACACCGCCGUAGUAUUGCGAACCAUUAUUUCUGUUGAUGUAUCGGUUGAUUUUUUUUUCCUUUAUUCAUUUAGUUUAUAAAAUAUCACAAAAAGGAAAAUAAUUCAGUAAAAAACUUCCCGGACGUUCCAAGUUGGGACAAACAGCUGAUAUUUAGUUUCAUAUAUGAAUAGCAAAUAUUCAUAUAGUGAAUUUGGGGUAUUUUUUGCUCUAAAAAAAAUAAACAAUCAACUACUAAAAUUGAAUAAUUAUAGUAAAUUUGUAUUGAUUCAUCUAAUUGUUUCAGUUCUAGAAGCGCGUAUGCAUUUGGGACACAGCUCCGAUGAGCCGUAACCUUUGACCUCCUGUUCUAUGGGCACUGCACUGUUCUUCGUCCGUCUGGGUCCUCCAGAGGUUCUGAACACUGAAGGCGUUUCUGUAUGUGCACGCUUCAGUAACUUUUUGUUUAAUUUUUUAUCAAGUAAGUGACACAUAGAGACUACCACAUCACACAGCCGUACUAUGUCACAUCUCACAGAACAGUGACUCUUAUUUGUAUCACCCGUUUCUUUUCUUUACACUUACA